GAGAGAUGGGAUAUAAAAAUGGGGGAUAGGGAGGGGAAAAUAAAGAGCUUGUGAUUUUCUGGAUUUCUUUAGCGUUUGAGAAGAAAUAUCAAGAAAUAGAAAACGCUUUGUUAGGGAUCGAUUAUCGGCGUUACCGAUGGGAGUAACCCGGUUGCGUUGCAAAUGUCUGAUUCAAGCGCAAACGUGUUGUAGUGAAUGAGGCCUGGUUGUAUUUCCACUACCGUGCGCUUUAGCUAGUUAGUCACGUCAAAAUACAUAUUGUAAACGUAGUCAAAGUUGUGGCGCUAGCUAUUUACUAUUAGGGAAAUGUAUGGUGUUAUGUGACUUAGUUGGCGAAGAAAAUGUGUUUAUUGAAGUUAAAGCUAGCCAUAGCACCAAUAGCCAGCCAGCUAACUUUACCUUUCAGUGUAAUGGUGACGUUAGCUUGCUAGAUGCCUAGCUGUCACUCGACCUCUAGCUUGUUGGUUAAGCAGUUAACUUAGCUUGCCAUUUGAAAUUGACUGAGUCCACAUUUCUUCUUGACUAACUAGCUAUAGGAUUCAUGGCAUAAUGUUAUACUAUAUUCCCAGUAAUUAUUGACUCGAAUGAAAGCUAGCUGUGUGGUCUGCUUAGAGUGGAGUUUAGUCCGCUACAGUAACCAGCUGUAGAAUAAUGAAUUCAACCAUUCAAACCUCUCUCUCAUUACCAACAAAGAACCCAUCUAAACCGGUACAGUGACAAUUAGCUCUAGUGUAGAUCCCUGUAGUAUAUACUGAGUGUACUUGUCAGAUAUUACUGCACUGUCGGAGCUAGAAACAAAAGCAUUUCGCUACACCCGCAAUAACAUCUGUUAAACACGAAUGUGACCAAUAAAAUGUGAUUUGAGUGUACAAAAAAUUAGGAAUGCCUUCCAAAUAUUGAGUUGCACCCCACUUUUCCCUCAGAACAGCCUCAAUUCGUCAGGGCAUGGACUAUACAAAGUGUUGAAAGCAUUCCACAGGGAUGCUGGCCCAUGUUGACUCCAAUGCUUCCCACAGUUGGCUGGAUGUUCUUUGGCAGGUAGACCAUUCUUGAUAAACACAGGAAACUGUUGAGUGAAAAACCCAGCAGCAUUGACAUAUUGACACCCAGUUCAAAGACACUUAAAUAUUUUGCUCCCGAGUGGUGCAGCCAUCUAAGGCAGUGCAUCUCAGUUCUAAGUGCUUCACUACAGACACCCUGGUUCGAAUCCAGGCUGUAUCACAACUGGAUGUGAUUGAGAGUCCCAUAGGGCGGCGCACAAUUGGCCCAGCGUCGUUCGGGUUCGGCCAGUGUAGGCGUCAUUGUAAAUAAGAAUUUGUUCUUAACUGACAUGCCUAGUUAAAUAAAAGGUUCACCCUCUGAAUGGCACAAAUACACAACCGGUCUUAAAAAUCAUUUAACCUGUCUCCUCCCCUUCAUCUACACUAAUUUAAGUGUCAUCAAUGAGGGAUCAUAGCUUUCCCUGAAUUCACCUGGUCAGUCUGUCAUGGAAAGAGCAGGUGUUCCUAAUGUUUUUCACACUCAGUGUACACUAAUUGACCAAAAGUAUGUGGACACCUGCUCGUCGAACAUCUCAUUCCAAAAUUACGGGCAUUAAUAUGGAGUUGGUCCCCUUUGUUGCUAUAACACAAGGUUUUCCACUAGAUGUUGGAGCAUUUUAAAAAAUAUAUAUUUAUUUAACUAGGCAAGUCGGUUAAGAACAAAUUCUUAUUUUCAACGACAGCCUAGGAACAGUGGGUUCUUCCGAAAUGAAGAAGCACUUUCAGUUUCUCUUACUUAGCUAGCAAAUGCAGCUAGCUAGUUUAGCCUACUGAAACACCCUGCUCAAACAGAGGGAUGCUUUGUUAGCUAGCUGGCUAUGACUAUUCAACACAACACUGGAACUCUUCCAACUCAAGAAAGAGCAUCUGUAGCUGAGCAGAAGGAUGGAGAGUUUGGGAUUGCAGGCUGUUGCCCUCAGUGAUGGUUCCACAGCCUACAUUGAACAAGCCAUCAAAGAUGGCAACCUAGUGGAAGGCGAUACUAUUCAGUUGGAGGAUGGUACUACAGCCUACAUUCAGCAGGUCACUAUACAGCAGAAAGAGCCCCUGCCCUUUGAGGACGGCCAGGCAGUGCAGCUGGAGGACGGGACCACGGCAUACAUCCACCACACACCCAAAGAUGGGUAUGAUCCCAGUGCGGUGGAGGCGGUGCAGCUGGAGGAUGGCAGCACGGCGUACAUCCACCACCCCUCGGGCCUGCAGACUGGCAGCACCAUCCUGACUUUGCAGCCAGGGGGUGGCCUGGAGGAGCUAGCUGCAGAUGACACUGUGGACACAGACACCAUCACCACCCUGGAGAACUAUGCCAAGAUGACGGGUUCUGAGGUGGAGGUGGAUGAGACCAUGAGCAGUACCAAUGGACUGCAGGACAUAGAGCCUAUUGUACAGGUGAUGGGGUCGUGGGGUUCCCCUAAGGGUCAGCAGACGGCUGAGAAGACAUUCCGCUGUGACUACGAGGGCUGUGGACGUCUCUACACCACAGCACACCACCUCAAGGUGCAUGAGAGGGCUCACACAGGUGUCCGGCCAUACAGGUGUGAUGUGUUGACGUGUGGAAAGGCGUUCGCUACAGGUUACGGCCUGAAGAGUCACCUACGGACACACACUGGAGAGAAACCAUACAAGUGUCCUGAAGACAUGUGCUUCAAGGCCUUCAAAACCUCCGGAGACCUCCAGAAGCAUGUCCGCACGCACACAGGUGAGAAGCCGUUUAAGUGUCCGUUUGAGGGUUGUGGUCGUUCCUUCACCACCUCUAACAUCAGGAAAGUCCACAUCAGAACACACACAGGAGAGCGCCCCUACAUGUGCCCUGAACCAUCCUGUGGACGAGGCUUUGCCAGUGCCACCAACUACAAGAACCACAUGAGAAUACACACAGGGGAGAAACCCUACCUGUGUACAGUCCCUGGUUGUGGGAAGCGAUUUACAGAGUACUCCAGCCUGUACAAGCACCAUGUGGUUCACACACACUGCAAACCUUACACCUGCAACCACUGUGGCAAAACCUACAGACAGACCUCCACGCUGGCCAUGCACAAACGCACCACGCACGGAGAUUUUGAGGCCACAGGGGACGGGGAAGAAGCGAUGGAUGACCAAUCACAAGCCUCCUUCCUGGAGGGGGCGGAGCAGAAAGAGGAUGGGACGGAUUCCCAGGUUAUCAUUGGUUCACAGGUGGGUCUGUCGACAGAGGACUUACAGGCACUCAGUAAGGCCAUCACCAUGGUAACGCAGGACGGCACAACCAUUUCCCUGCCGACCCACCAGACGGACAUGGCCUCCAUGGGACACCACCACAUCACCAUGGUUACAGGGGAGGGCAAGGAGCUGCAGCCGGUUGCCAUAGUGACAUCGGAGGGUAUUAUGACAGGCGGCUUGCAGGGCUCCGGCCCUCACUACCAGCAGGUCGCACUGCUGGCCACGGCUAACGGCACCCAGAUUGCUGUUCAGCUGGAGGAGCAGCAGACGUUGGAGGAGGCCAUCAGCAUGGCGACAGCUGCCAUCCAGCAGGGAGGGCUGGUUCAGGACGAGGACACAUGAGGGGAGCUGCUGAGACACACCUACCCCCCCAAACAGAGCAUCUUUCCCUGGGUACGACACGGUACCUGCUCCCCUUAGCGCCAACCAGCUCCACAGCACUCCUGGAGCCCUGUCUCCUGCCACAGACACAGAGUGAGCAGAAGUCCUAUCUCAGAACUCAGAACCAAUCAGAGAGACUUCGAGAAGCCGUUGUCAUGGAUACUGGCUUUAGAAUGUUCAGAUAUGAGCAGAUUGAUCUUUCUUUGUUUUAGCCACAAUACAGUAGCAUACUCAUCCUGCUGCUUCUGAGAAGCAGCACCUGCACUAAAGCUAGCUCCAGUUUGAUUUUACCUCAAUUCUUCAUAAUCAUGAUACAAUAAUGGAUAAAAGCAUCUGCUAAAUGGCAUAUCAUGAUACAAUUAUGGAUUAAAGCAUCUGCUAAAUGGCAUAUCAUGAUACAAUAAUGGAUAAAAGCGUCUGCUAAAUGGAAUAUCAUGAUACAAUAAUGGAUUAAAGCAUCUGCUAAAUGGCAUAUCAUGAUACAAUAAUGGAUAAAAGCGUCUGCUAUAUAGCAUAUCAUGAUACAAUAAUGGAUAAAAGCGUCUGCUUAAUGGCAUAUCAUGAUGCAAUAAUGGAUAAACGUGUCUGCUAAUGGCAUAUCAUGAUACAAUAAUGGAUAAAAGCGUCUGCUAAAUGGCAUAUCAUGAUACAAUAAUGGAUAAAAGCGUCUGCUAAAUGGCAUAUCGUGAUACAAGAACGGAUAAAAGCAUCUGCUAAAUGGCAUAUCGUGAUACAAGAACGGAUAAAAGCAUCUGCUAAAUGACAUAUCGUGAUAGCAGAUGCUUUUAUCCAUUCUUGUAAAUGGCAUAUCGUGAUACAAGAACAUAAAAGCAUCUGCUAGUUGGCAUAUCGUGAUACAAGAACGUUUGUUUUGGUUUUGUAUUUCUCUGACUGCAGUGAGUUUUCCAGUACUGUGUACUUCUGCGUCUACUCUGUUUUGGUUUGAAGAGUGCUCUUAAACAGAUGGAUUCUUUCAACUGAAACACUUGUGAAACUGUUCAGAGGUAGACUGUCCGUCUGAGGAGCUAAAGGUUGGCCACGUCAUUGAAGAAAUGAACUGCAAAACUACAGAGCCCAAUAUCAGCGGUAUCAAGCUGCGACGUGUAGUGUAUCUGGAUCUAUGCUGACGUUGCCGAGGUGUACAUUUGUCAAUAAAUAGCUUUACCUUU